ACUGCCAUAGCCUCGUUGGGUGUCAAAAGACAUCUCUUUUUUAUAUUUUUCUUUCUUUUCUGCUUAAUUGACACAUCCAAUCACUAAUCAAAGCAGUAGCAGAAUAUGAUGCAAAACUCGAACGGUUUACACUAUGCAGAGCCUGAUUCUAUAAAGGCCCGCCAAUUUAUGCAAGAAAAGAUCUAUGAGCUCCUCUUGCAGCGACAAACUGGGGAGAUGGCUCCAAAGGACAAUCUUCUUGAUCUUAUUAGACGCUUGGAAGAAGGCUUGUACAAAUCCGCUAGAACGAAGGAAGAGUAUAUGAAUUUAGAGACAUUGGAAAUUCGUAUAAAUCUUUUGAUCGCUCAUCCCAACAAUCAAAAUCUACAAUAUCAGCAACAGAAUAAUGCUAAUGCUGCCACGGGAACAAUGAUUCCAACACCUGGCUUGCCUCAAAGUGGGAACUCAAACUUCAUGGCUCCAUCAUCUAAUAGCUGGUUGGUAUUUCAACAUAGAAAUACCAUUAACACCUUGGUUGAUGCUGAUGGUGAUAAUAGCAUGAUGCCAUCAGCUGGAAAUGCAGUAAACUAUUCCAUGGAUAACACCGGGCUUUCUAGGGGCUUGGACACUGGUUCAUUUGGUUCAGUUAAUGAUCAUCCUUCAGUUCCCGAGCAUGAUCAACAAGAUAAGCUAUGGAAACUUCUUGAUCUUCUUGUACAUGCAUCUCAGUGUAGAGCAGGGGAAUGCCUGUAUCCCGAUUGUCGGAAGAUGAAGGGACUUUUCCGACAUGGUAUGCUUUGCGAAGUACGCAUGUCUGGUGGCUGUUCUCUAUGCAAGAAAAUGUGGCAUCUCAUUCAACGUCAUACCUUGUCAUGUAAAGACACUUCAUGCCAUGUCCCUCGCUGCAGAGAUUUGCAGAAAUGGUUUGUUAUGAAUAUGAUGAGUCGCUGCAACUUGGAUGAAAACUCAGAUAUUUUAAGAAUGGAAUAGCAGCAGCCAGCAAGUAGUUGGGCUCAUAGGCACAUAAGCGUGAGAAACUUCUCUUCAUUUUCUUUUUACGUUUCUUUAUUCAUUUUCAAUAAAUGUUGAUUAGUUCUCGACAAUGGGAUGUUGGAGUUCUCACUAGUGCACGUGCAUAAAAUGUAGCCAGUGGGAGGAUGUUGUUACCAUAUCACUGAUGUCCACCUUCAUGACAUUAUCAAUUAUACUAAAGACUUUAAUUUGUA